AUGACUUCCAGGUUCAGCCCUGGGUCGCUGAAACACCGCCUCAGAGAGCUGGGUCGAGGUUCCCAGUGGCCGCAAGCCUUGGCCUUGCUCCUGUCGACCGUCGUCGCCGCGAUGCCUUCGAAAGACGCGGACGAAGUCACCUUCAGUGCUGCCCAGAGUGCCUUAGAGGCAGGGCGGCAGUGGCAGCGUUCCUUGGACCUUUUUGCCUUCAUGCCCGAUGCAAAGAUCUCUCCGGGCUUGAUGAGCUACAGCGCUGCCCUCAGCGCAUGCCAGAAGGGUGCUCAGUGGCAGCAGGCCCUGCAACUGCGACAGGAAUUCCUGAGCUCCAGGAUCCGCAGCGAUGUGAUUCCACACAAUGCAUGCAUCAGCGCUUGCGCGAAGCCUGCGCGGUGGGAUUUGGCGCUGGCUGUGUUCCGAAGCCUCCCAACGAUGCAGCUUGCACCCAGCCUGGUCUCCUACAGCGCGAUGAUCACCUGCUUGGAGAAGGGCUGGCAGUGGCGCAUGGUUGUUGAAUUGCUGGAGGAGCUAGGAAGAUCUGAUCUGAUCAUGAGUGCCGACGUGGUCAUCUUCAGUGCUGCCAUCAGCGCACUUGAGAAAGGCUUGCAGUGGCAGUCGGCUUUGAAGACUUUCGGGAUCAUGGCCAACAAGAGCAUCCUUCCGAAUGCAAUUUGCUACAACGCGACCAUGAGCGCAUGCCAGGCAGGCGAUGCCUGGCAGUCGGCUCUCCACCUCUUUCAGAUGCAGACGUCUAUGGGUUCUGCAGACUUGGUCAGCUACACCAUCGCCCUCCAAGCCUGUGCCAUCAGCAGGCGAUGGCAAGAAGCCGUGCGCCUGCACCAGAGUCUGCCAAAGAUGCAGAUAGCGCCCGACCCGGUGGCCUGCGUUGCGGUGCUUGAGGCCUUGAGCCACCAUGGCCUCGGCUACAAACUCCUGCGGGCUGCCUUCAGCCGACCCGCUGCGCGGCGUCAUCGCCCCUGCAGCUCUUGCAAGGAAAGCCCAGAAAGGUUCAUUGCCGUUCAGUGGUGGCUAGCAGCGGCGUUUCCGCAGCUGGACCAUCAUUCCCUGGACGAGUUCUCAUUCAAUACGACGGUGCGAUGGAACUGUGCAGCUGCAAAACAAGAGCGUCAAAGGUUCAUGCACGCGGAGUGGGACGGACAGAGUCGGUAG